GCUCGCGCUCCGCGGGGCGAGUUUGCGAGUGGGCUCUUCAAGAGCUGGGCGCGGGGUCAGUACGGGAUUGGGGUGGGUGCGUGAGACGCUGCAGUGUCCGCGAGCGCAGGGGGGUGUGUGUGACGUUGCAGUGUCCGCGAGUCGAAGCCGGUGAAGCGGCCGGAGCGCCGUGAACAACGACACCAACAACAUGGAGGGUCAGUACAACCUGAGGAACCCGGCUGUCAAACGUUUAAUGAAAGAAGCACAAGAACUGAAAGACCCAACAGAACAAUACCAUGCGCAGCCUUUGGAGGAUAAUCUCUUUGAAUGGCAUUUCACUGUCCGGGGUCCUCCAGACUCUGAUUUUGACGGUGGCGUUUACCAUGGCCGAAUUGUGCUUCCGCCAGAAUAUCCCAUGAAACCACCCAGCAUUAUUCUCCUAACGCCUAAUGGAAGGUUUGAAGUAGGAAAAAAGAUAUGUUUGAGCAUCUCAGGACAUCACCCUGAAACUUGGCAACCCUCCUGGAGCAUACGGACAGCAUUGUUGGCCAUUAUUGGGUUCAUGCCAACAAAGGGAGAAGGAGCCAUUGGUUCUCUGGAUUACACUCCUGAUGAGAGGAAAGCACUAGCCAAAAAGUCACAAGAUUUUAACUGUGAAAUUUGUGGCUCUCACAUGAGGACAGCCCUGCUUCCAUGCACAGCAAGUAGCAUUCCAAGUCUGGCUGAUGUGGAGGCGAAAGAAUUGGCAAAACAAAUCAAUUUUAAGGCAGAGACAAGUGCUGCUACCAUUGCUGCUGAACCUGCUCCAGCACCGACGCUUAUAAAAAGUGCAAACCAAGAAACUCAAGUUCCUAAUCAGCUUCCAUUCACUCAAAACAAUCCAGAAACUGAAGAUGUAAGAGUGACUGAUGGAGAUGACACUCAAACUGGGAUUCGGGAACCUCCGCAAAGCAGACCCAAUACUACAAGCUUAAGUCCUAGACAGCGGCGUACUCAACAGCAACGACGUGCUCAGCAGCAGCAACAGGCGAGGCAUCCAGUUUCGCCAUCAUACACUCAAGUUCGUCGACCAGCUAAUACUAAUCAAAUAGGAUCCACUGUCCUAAUUGUCAUCCUCACAUUAGCACUGGCUGCUCUCAUUUUUCGAAGGAUUUACAUGUCCAAUGAAUACAGAUUUGACUAUGAAUUAUAAUGAUCAGUUGCUUUGCAUAGCUAUAGACUGGAUUUAUUAUACAUCAUAUCAUGUGUUUUGACGUUCAUCCCCAUAUUAAUGGCCAGGAUAUGCAAGGGCUUUGAAUAACCAACCCAAAAGGGAAGUAUUUCAGAAUGCAAGGCUUAUGUGUAAUUAUUAUCCUUGGGUGAUAAAUAGAGGCAUUUUCCAAAAUUUGAUACUGCAGGGAAACCCAUUCAGGCAUAUUUUUGAUCAAACUCUUGUUAAAUUCAAUUUAUCUCUGGUAGAAUUGAGUUGUUUUUGUUGAGACUAUGCUGUUGAAAAAUGUCUGUAAUUUUGAGGGUGCUACUAACCUGUUUACUGAAGUUUCUGUGGACCACUAUAAAGGUCAUUGGGCUCAUAACCUGGGUGUUUGGGGUUGUAUGCAAUUUUAUCUUUUUGAAAUGGGUCCUAUUUAUACAACUAACAAAUGCCUUAACCUGUCAGGAAGAGUGUGAACAUUCACUUCAUUUGGAUUUGAAUACAUAGUCAGGAUUUUCAGUACUGUCUGUAGCAAAUCUAAAAUCCAAAUUAUGAGCUUUCAACGCUGCUAUAUGAAGUUGUUGGGGGCUCAGAUAUCAUGCUAGUUUCAUGGCACAAGAUUAGCAAUGUUUUAAUAAAUACCCUAAAAUAAAUUUUUAAAAUGUAUAAAUCUUAAAACAAAGAUCAACCUGAGAAUUGGUAUAAAAUUCUCAAAAAUAAAUCUAAGAUCAAUCGGUGGUGUUAAGUCAAAGGAACCAGAUUUGUAACAAAAAGGUUGAGAUACUGGUUUUCGGUGUAGUGUUUGGUUAAAUUCCUUGAGCUUAAGUCAAACAAAAUAAUCAAAUAUCGAAUUUUCUGGCAAGUGAUGGAAAGACGUCCCUUCUGCAGUACUCCUGGUGAUUUAUUUUCUUUAACCAAGUUAUGCACGCUGUAGCAUGUCAGUUGGUGAUUGUAAUGUGUGUAUGUGUAAAUACAUAUAUAUUACAAAAUUGAACUUUUCAUUGCAAGUUGCAAAAUGCUUUUAAUUUUCAUGUAUAGGAUGCUACACAUUUACACUUUUGAUUAUCUAAACAAUGAGAGUAAAUAUUGUCUGCAUAACUGAGUAGACAGCAGUAUUUUUUUGUUUGCUGGAUGCCUUAUGAACAAUGAAUUUUGCCAAUGUAAAGUUGUGGUUUCAUAUUUGAAACUGACAAGAACAAGCUAUCUCAUGCAGAUGUGAAUGUUUAAUAUUCUAUAUUUUUUCUGCUCAUUUAUUUUGUGGGACCUUGAAUACUUUGCACAAACAGUGCCACCGCACUUUACAGUUAAGGGAACAAUGCAGUUACCAUGCAGUCACUCUCCUAACUUUCUAAUGCGUCAUUGUCAUGAAAUUGCUCAAGGUGGAUAUUUGAUGAAAAGCCUGUUGUUUUUGUUUUGUGAAAUACUUUACCUUUCUUGGGUUCAGAAGAAAAUUGGCAUAUCAGCCUGGCAUCUUAAAAAAUAGAGUGCUUUCCUGUCACGCAUGCCAGACACAUUACUGCAGGAUUUUUAUACCAAAGUUCAUUCAGCAUGGCGUUCGAAGCACUGUUCUGCCACAGCACAACAAUGGAAGGUCACUAAAACAAGAGUACUUCUUUCAUUGAGUUUUUCCAGGUAAUUCUGUUUUUGUUUUGGAUUUCCAGCAUCCGCAGUUUUUUUUGUUUUUAUUAGUACUUCUUCAGUAUUGUUUAUACUUCAGUUUUCUGGCAUGGAACAAAUAAAUGACUUUUUUCAUUCAGGUGUUUUAUCAGUAAUGGUCUGUGCAGUUGAACUUAAGAGACCCUUGCAGCUGGAAGUAUAGAAAUUGAAACUAAUGCAUUUAUCAAACAACAUAAAUUACAUAAAUUUAAAAUGAAAAGCAUCUAAAAUUUACUUCGCUACCAUAAAAUGUUCUUGUAUGUAGUGAGUUUUUUGAACAACUAGAAAAGGGAAAAAUUGCAGGGCUACAGGGAAAGACCAUGGGAGUGGGACUAAUUAGCUCUUGCAAAGAGUGGGCACACAUACAGUGGACAGACUGACCAGCUUCUGUGUUGUAUGAUCCUAUGUACAAAUAGUUGAUGUUUAAUGUUUGCAGACUUAAAGCCUUCAUUUUCUUGCGACAUUAAGAGUCCACUUUAUUUACACAAUCAAAAGAUAAAAUGUCAGAAACACACAUCAGGCAGUGAACAGUGAAGUUAGCACUUGCUAUUCCAUUAGCAUAAUUAACUAACCUUAUUACAGACAUUGAUUCACCAGUAUAUGUCCAGCAUUUACAUUUUCUUGUGUUAACACUUAGUUAAAUCAUAAUUAGAGGAUUUAGGUACUUGGCCUUCUCUGCUUUCUAUUGCCAUGCAUUUUUCUGCAAGUGACUGAAGUCCUAGGUUUACUGUAAGAAAAUAUAAAUAUGUAAAAUAUUUUUAAAUGAAAUGUAUGUUUCAAUGUUUGUAAUGAAUAACAUACUGUAGUGCAAGCAAUGGAUCUAAACUAUUCAGUUUGUAUAUUGUAAUUCCUUGCAGCAGCCCUCUGUCCAUUUAGUGCUUUUCUCAUAAUCCUUUUGACGUUUUGCAUCAAUGAAACCAGAAUUCGUUCUUUCAAGCUGUUCUGUUCUGUUAUCUGCAUUCCAAAGUUGAUGAAUUCUUGAUUAUCCUCUGUGCUGAGAUCACAAGGGCAGGGGAGCAUCACUAAAACGGAUCCUAAAGAGGAAAUUCAAAAAUAUCUUGUAAUCUGCUUAGAUUUCAAUAACAAUAAAAAUCUCGUCAACCCACA